AUGAAGGACCUCACCGUCACCUACGCACUUGUAGUGCUUUCUGCUGCGAUUUUCACUCUCUAUGUCAGCAGACAUACUAUUAGGUCCCAAUUACCGCUAUGGCUUAGGCCUUUUGCUCAAGAACAAGCACCUGAUGGCCUCAAACGCAAGUUUUGGUCUAUUUGGACUUAUCCCUUGCUUCUCAUCAGCAUUGCUGGACUGGUUCUUUCUUUCGUUCCGGUUAUUAUCAACCCUUCUUGUUAUGUCUAUCUAUGGGAAAUGGCCCCGUGGGCCAUUGCUCUUUUCAUCACAAUCCUGGAUCGUCCAACCAAGACACCUCGGCUCUUGCUGAUUCAAUAUGUCUCUAUCCUUGGCGCCAGCACCGCCAUCUACGCUAUCCGCUUCUUGGAUCGCACCCUUUUCGGCAUCGACCCCUUUCGACUUGCUCGAGUGGCACUGUGCCUUCUGUCCAUCAUCAUAAUCGGCUUCAUGCCUAUACGCGAGCCGUCUUGGGGCAACGAGGACAUUGGCCAACCAGGCAGCCAACCAUCGCACAAUCUUCGCAGCCCCGAAGAUGAUCUCUGUCUGUUUAGCUUCUGGAGUAUGAGCUGGGUUAACCCACUGGCCAAGGCCUGCCGCAAACGAGAAAUCACCGAAGAAGAUGUCUGGCAGCUCCCCUUUGAGUUUCAGCAUACGCGACUGUACAUGGCCUUUCGAGAGCUCAAGGGCAAGCUCCUCUUGUGCCUCAUUGAAGCUAACGGCUUGGAUCUCUCAAUCGCUACGUCGCUUGCUAUUGCUGAGAGGGUGGCUGAAGUAUCCAACAUUCGUCUGACCAGCAAGCUUUAUAGCGCACUGGACUCGAGCAACCCUGCUGAUGCUACUUUCUGGUGUGGUGUGAUGCUGGCUCUCGAUGCAUUUCGCCAACUGUGCAAGACGACAUCUGGUUGGUACUCUCGCAAAUCCUAUGAGCGGUCGCGUGGAGAAGCAUUCAUCGCUCUCUUUGGUAAACUCUUGACUCGAGCCGUUCCAGGCUCAGAUAUCACGGAAAAGGGUCCCGAUGAGGAACACCCUCAAGUCUCCAAUGGAAAGUCCCAAACCUUUAUCGGGAGAAUAUUUGGACGAUCGUCUAGUUCUUCUAAACAAAAGCCUAGAACCGUCUCUGGUCCGGCUUCCAACGCCAAGGUUGUCAAUCUCGUUCGAGGCGAUACAUAUGAAAUCUCACAGCGAUUCUGGGACUUUUCCAAACUCGUCUCUCAACCCAUCAAGGUCAUCGUCACCAUGUACUACCUCAUCGACAUCAUGGGCUGGCCUUCAGCCAUUGGCUUUGGUCUCAUGAUUGUGUUCCUUGCAAUCAACUCGGCGCUUGUUCGUAAGCUGAUCAAACUCGAACGACAGCGAACUGCCUUUUCCGAUAAGCGUGCGCAGGCUGUCUCUCAUUUUGUAGAAGCAAGUCGUCCAUUGAAGCUCAAUGGCUGGACAUCCUCUUGGAGCGCUCGAAUCAUGAAGUUCCGAGCACUGGAAAUGUCCAAGCGUUUGAAUAUUGCCCACGUAACUGCCGGCAUUUCCACCGUAAGCGUUACUGGCGGCACCUCUUACCCACUCGCCAGUAUUGCUCUGUACACCCUCAUUCUCAAGCAGGGUCUGCCAAACGAUGUCAUUUGGCCUUCUCUUCAACUCUUUUCUCAGUUAGAAAUGAGUGUUAAAGAGGCAUUCGACCUGAUUUCUGCGUACUGGAAAUCUACUAUUCCCAUUGAGCGUGUGAACAAGUACAUGAGCGAGCCUGAUAGAGACGACAUCUCCAACAGCCCCAGCAGCGUUACAGAUAUUGAGUUCCGUGACGCUUCAUUCUCUUGGCCUUCAACUGGAAAGCUUAUUCUUAGGGAUCUUAAUUUGAAGUUCAGCAAGGGCCUCACGGUUAUUCGAGGCAAAGUUGGUUCCGGCAAAUCUAGCCUUCUUCUCGCUGCCCUCAACGAAAUGGAGCUUCACGAAGGUGAUCUCAUCAGGCCGGACGUCCCAGUAGCGUACUGCCAGCAACUCCCAUGGCUACAGAACAAGACGAUUCGAGAAAACAUCGUUUUCCACCAGCACUUUGACUCGACAAGAUAUCGCCAGGUCCUCCACGCAUGCGCUCUUUUACCCGAUCUUGCUUCGCUACCUGAUGGAGACCAAACAAAGCUCGAAGAAGGCGGCAUUGGACUUUCUGGUGGUCAAAAGGCUCGUGUGGCCCUUGCUAGAGCAGUGUACAGCCACUGCAAGAUUCUUCUCCUGGACGACCCUCUUGCCGCUUUGGAUCACGAUACUGCCAGCGCCAUUGUGCGCCGCUUUCUCCAGGGCCCCCUUGCUGAGGGUCGUACUAUUGCCAUGGUCACACACAGAGAUGAUCUUGUUCUCCGUAUUGCCGAUCAAGUUGUUGACCUGGAUGAUGGAGAAGCAACUGUGCUUUCAGAGCAGGAGGUCAAAGAGGAACUCGAGCACCCCUACCACGAAGCUGGAACGUCGGCUCAUGAUGACGCUGAGGCAUCCCACGAGAUUCAUGCUGAGGAUAUUGCUGCGCUCAAGGACGCACCAGAAGAGCCGUCAAAAACAGGAAGUGUAUCGCUUAGUGUGUAUGCCGAGUACAUGAAAGCAGGCGGGUGGCACCUCUGGAUCUUCCUCGCCAUCGCAUACGGCCUAUCUCGAUUCUGCGAUAUAUCAAGGGCUCGACUUCUGGAGGCUUGGGGUGCAGACUCUGUUGGGAGCGGCAGGAAAAGCUCCUACUGGGGUCUUCCCAACGCGGAGAAUCACCCUCAAGCUUGGAUCCUGGUACUCUCUGGUCUCUCUGGUGGGCAAAUCCUGGCAUACGCAAUCGCCCAGCUCCUCCUGGCAAGAAUCAGCGUCAAGGCAGCCCAAGGUCUCUUCAAAGCCGCCAUCGACAAAGUCAGUCGGGCUACUUUCCGCUACCACGACACCACGCCGACAGGUCAGCUUAAGAAUCGACUCAUUGCUGACAUGGGAAUGGUAGACGGAGGCAUUGUCGCGCCCUUGGAGUCCUUCGUCUUCAACCUGAUUGCCUUGGUCAUGAGCUUGGUAGCGAUUGCCACGCACCAGCCAUUACUCCUCGUCAUCCUCGCAGCUGUGGCCGUCUUAUUCGUGUACUUCUUCCGGAUAUACGUCCCCGUCUCACGAUGCCUGCGCCGUAUGGAAAUGCGAUACCUCACGCCCAUCAUCGCAAACAUUGGCGUCAUGCAAGACGGCCUGGUCACGAUCCGCGCCCUCAGAGUCGAGCAGCGCUUCCAGGACCGCCACCUCGAUGCCGUGGAUGACUUCCAAAAGCAGGACCACUUCUUCUGGAGCAUGGCUUUCUGGCUCGACUUUCGUCUCAGCUUCAGCUCCAUCGCCACCCGCACCGCGCUGAUCCUGUUCAUGGUCUGGCGAAGGAUGCCCGCCAGCGCUAUUGGUUUCGUCCUGACGCAGACGAACAUUGCCAUGGCGGCGGUGCAGCAGCUUUGCGAGCGGUUCGCGCAGUUGCAGCUGGAUGCCGUGUCUUUGGAGCGCGUGAACAUGCUCAACCAGAUUCCCGAGGAACCUAAAGGCGACCACGAACCUCCCGAGGGCUGGCCAAGACCUAGCGACGACGUCAAGUUUGAGCAAAUCUCGUUCAAAUACGACGACCAUCUUCCUUCUGUGCUGGAUAAGGUCUCCUUUGAAAUUCCUGGAGGUUCAACAUGCGCAGUUCUCGGCCGCACCGGUUCCGGAAAGUCAACCAUCGCCAACGCCCUCCUCAUGACCCAGGCACCAUUAGAAGGGACCAUCAAAAUCGGCAGCGUCGACUUAUCCCAGAUCGACCGAACCGCCCUGAGAAACCGCGUCACCUUCAUCCAGCAAGAUCCCACGCUCUUCCCAGGAACGCUCCGCGACAACAUCGACCCGGCCGCCGACUUCUCUGACGCGGAGUGCGAAAACGCGAUCCAUCGCGUGCUCGGCGCCCAGUGGAGUCUGGAUUCGCCCAUUGACGCUGCCGGGAAGAAUCUCAGCCAAGGUCAGCGACAACUCGUGGGCAUUGCGAGAGCCGUUCUACGGCGGAGUGGGCUUGUCAUCCUGGAUGAGGCGACGGCGUCGAUUGAUCGUGCGACUGCGGCGACGGUUCAGCGGAUCUUGAGGUCUGAGUUGUCGAAUAGCACGGUCAUUACGAUUGCGCAUCGCUUGGAGGCUGUGGAGGAUGCGACGUGGUGCCUGAGGUUGGAUCAUGGCCGGGUUGUGGAGUGUGGUCCUGCGAGGGAUCUGGCAGGGAGUCAGGAUGAGGAGUGA